AUGUCGCAAGUCAAUGAAGUGAUCGACCUUCUUCAGCCCGAUGAUUUGACACUGCUAUUGAGUGAGGACAACGACAUGGCCAGUAUCAUUGAUUUCCAGGGCCAUUCUGCAGCCGAAACGUCCAAGCGUUGCAGUACGAUCGACAUCGACACCAGCACUCUCGUCCCUGUUUUCGGCGAUGACGAAAGCAUCUCUGACACAAGUAUCUUUUCCCAUUUUAGUUUUGAUCCUGUGGAUGAAGAGCCUUUCACCAAAACAAGCGAGAAUGCGCCGCCUCCUACGGAAAAAAUGAUAUCCAAGCUCAAUUCCAUGAUGAUGCGAUCUGCUCUGAGCAGAGCAAUCGUCUCAAAAACCGUCUACCCAGACUUGAAGAAGAAUAAGACAAGGAAAAUUUCUUUUGACUAUUCGUCGUCUUCGACCAAGUCAAGUUAUCACAAAGCAAGCCCCAGAUCAGCUUCCAAGCAUACACGACGAACUAAUGACAAGAUCUCCACAGACUCGGUGCGGCUUGGCUCAAGACAAGACAGCUCAAUCGGAGGAUUUCUUCGAGCAUCGAAGAAGUGGUAG